CUUGGGGUUGCAAAGCAAAGAAAAAUUGACCCCCAAUCCUGACAACACAAAGUCUGCAACGCAUCGAUCUUUUGGUUCUGAUUAAAAACUUCAAGACCAUUUCCUGCAUCACAAAAAAAAAAAAGAUAGAUACCCAAAGACUCACUUCCACACUUCGCUCCAAAUUUCAUCCGUAUAGCAAUUUUAUCAGCUAGCCCCCGUCCGCCCAAAGAAAACACAAGCUCUCAUCCGACCGACGCACACUUCAAUUCGACUACGGCCAUCCAGUACCUCCUUAACCAAAAAUUACGACCACACUCGAUCAACCGAACCAAGGCGGCGCCACGCAAAAAAAGCAGGCCUACAACAUUUAUAUCGCGAUAAACCAUAACACCCUUACAGGCCCGCAACGAUCCCACGAUUUCCCGCACGUUGAUGCACUGAAUUAGAAUUCAGUUGCAUAUCACAGCAUCACGAUUGUCGGGCUCCAAACAGGCUUGCAACACUGCUGCGAUCUGGAGCGUCCCGAGGUGCCCCCUUUCCCGGAUAGAUCGAGGCCGAGUCGCGAUUGAGAGGACAGCUUUUGCGAGGAGGAGAGUCGGCUACUCGAGGACGCCCUCAGUACAUUCUUUCUAGUCGCAUUCCCACGGCCCUUCGCCCUUUGUCUUCAUGGAUAACCUAUGGAGUCGCCGGACACACUCCAGCAAGCUUUCGCUCUCCACAGCCAGCGGCGGCAACAGUGACACUUCAUCCCAUCCCGCGAACGCAGCCACCCGCAAUGGCUCUUUCUCCAGGCGCCUGGGCGGUGACAGCUCAGCGCACGGCGGCAAGGCCCAGACUCCGUUCAACUCGGCCAUGACGCCCGGAGGCACCCUCAUGUCACCGGGCCUCGGCGGCGCCAGCAGCGCCUUCGGCCUAGGUUCUGGCGCGUUCGCCUCCUUUGGGUCGGCCAAGACGCCCAAGUCACCAGGAAACCCGUUCGACGCCGCCAUGGGCCUCAGCCAAAAGACCCCUGGGGUGGAAAAGAACGCCAAGGAAGGUGGGCUGGGUGGGGGCAGCACGGGCGUCAAGGCGGCAGCGACGGCCAAGGGCACAUCUUCGGCGACGGGAGGGGCCUCACGGCACCCUCUGCGCACGCCGUGGGUAUUCUGGUUCCGGCCGCCCAUAAGCAAGGCGAACGGCUACAUUGAGUACGAAAAGACGCUGCACGCCAUGGCGGAGGUGGGCACGGUCGAGGACUUUUUCGCCGUGUAUGCGCACCUCAAGCGGCCGUCGACCCUCCCGUUGGUCUCGGAUUAUCAUCUUUUCAAGAAAGACAUCCGGCCGAUCUGGGAAGACAACGAGAACCGGGCGGGUGGAAAGUGGAUCGUGCGGCUCAAGAAGGGAGUGGCGGAUCGGUACUGGGAGGACUUGCUGCUGGCUAUAGUGGGCGACCAGUUCUCCGACGCCAGCGAGGAGGUCUGUGGUGCGGUACUGAGCGUCAGGAAUGGCGAGGAUAUUUUGAGUGUCUGGGUCCGCAGGGACGGUGGCAAGGUCGUCAAGAUCCGCGAAACUAUGAAGCGGAUCCUCGGCUUCCCUCCCGACACCAAGAUUGAGUGGAAGAGCCACGAAGGGUCCCUCCAACAACGGACUGCACUGGAUGAAGUGCGCCGCGAGAGGAACGCCGAGAAGCGCAAACAAAAUCAGCAGCAGCAACAGCAGUAUGGCAGUGGUCAAGGGGAUGACCAGAAGCAACAGCAGUCGCAAAGCCAACAGCAGGGCAGCGGCGCGACUCAAUAGUUACAAGCUUUGUCCCUUGCUCGAUGACCAAGAGGUAUCAGGCAUAAAGCUUAGCCGUUUAACAUUUCCCCCUCUCGAUGAUUCUGCCAUUUGAGCCCACAAUAUUUCGUCACGUCAUUGAUCCGCAGUAUACCAUUUUCCUACUUUCCACAUCCAGGGACUCCCGUGUAUUCGUACCAUUCUGAAAGCAUAACGCUUCGGGUGGGUUUGGCAUCUUUGUUGUGUAUACUACCAGAUCAUAUGUUUGUUUGAAUCACACUGCCUUUUUUUUUGGCGGUCGGCCGAAUCUGCUGAGCUGGAGCGAGGAAUUUUCUGUGGCGAAUGUAUGAUGGCUAUGUAUUGUGGUGGAUGGGGCAAAGGUGAUGGUGGGAUGUGGACUUUGCAUCAUGCUUGGCAUAGGGAGAUAUUCAAAAUCAUCUCGGAUGCAUAUACCAUAUACCUUUGUUUGGGCGGGAUUCUCUUUGUUGUUUCCUCCCCCAUUUCCCAUUUCUUGUGCUAUGAGCUAUGAAUUACUUGUUAGCGUAUUGAGGCGAAAGCAUUCAUGUUUCCUGCGGCCUCGGUCUUGCGUUUGUUUUCUUCUCCACUUCUUACUGGUAGUCCAGGUUCCAAACUCGAUCGGGGGGGUUACAUCGCUUCGACUCCCCGGAGAGCGUUUUCUGUUGUACUUGUACUGUAGGGUCGAGCUCAUUGAAAUGAAUGACAAGGAGAAGCAAAAAAAAAAAAAAGAAUGAUUCCCGUCAAA